UCUCUCUUUUGCUUCUUCACUUUUGAGGUUCUCACAUUUGCCUCUUGCUCCUUUGCUUCUCCUCUUUUGCCCAGCAACAGUAGGUAUUCCCUUAAUCUUUGCCUCUUCCUUUUAUGACCUCUGAAGUUUGCAACACCUCAUCUCUAGCUCGAUCAGACCUUCCCGCUAGGCAAUUCUCUUUGAGCAAGGCCGCCGAGCAGCCCACAGGCCCUAGUAUUGAGUACCUUAGGUGUGGAGGAUCUUAAGGUUUUUCCAAAUGUUUAUUUCAUUCCUUCUGGCUGUUUCCUUAGGUUACCCCAAGCUAAUGAGAGGACCGAUAAUUUUUUGCUUGAAUACAUCUACUUAUAUGAAGAAUGCUUUUGAGCAGGCCUCAAGUUUACCUUUUAUCCCUUUGUAUGUACUUUUCUAAGUUAUUAUGGCUUAGUUCCUGCUCAGCCGGUCCCUAAUACUUGGAGGACCAUUAUAGGUUUUCUAGUGCACCCUUCUGCACAGCAUACAACCUUCUCUUAGGCUCUUUAGAGCUCUGUUUAUCAUUGAAGAGUAGCACUCCAAGUGCGGAUGGUGGUAUGUCUCGACUCAAAAAGGGUUGUAGCUCAUCAAAGGCCGACAAUUUAUAGCUGGAAAGGAUAUUUCUUCUUCAUGUCAGCUAACCAGUCAUGGUGAUUCAGCAUGAUUUAGGGGAUGCUACAACCCUAAAUCAUGAUUUAUAGCUGGAAAGGAUAUUUCUUCUUCAUGAUUUAGGGGAUGCCUAAGAAAGGCGUAAAUCGAUUUUCCAGACUAGAUGAUAAAGAUCAAAAAGCGUUGGAGUUAGGUCGAGCAGAAGUCCCUUUGGUGCAGAAAAUUUUGGCCGAACAAACCUUGGUCAAUGCUAGCUUGAGCUGUGCGCUAUGUGAGGAGAUGGGGAUUGACAAGUCUUUGCUCAAGGAAGCCAAUAAACAUGCGACCAAUGAGAGUAGUAGGAGUGCUCCUCCCAUGAGGAAGAAGUCGAUAGUGUGGCUUCCUUGCAAAGUCUGCAUGGCGACUCCUCAGCCAAUCCACCCAGUGGAGGCUCCUCGGGCCAAAAGUCCUAAAAUUGAGGCGGUGUCAGAUGGUCCGUCGGGACCACAAAUGUGGUCGUCCGCAAUAGCCACAUCUCACAAGAGUUAGCUUGGGGGCUUGUCUUGUUUAGCAAUUGGAACGAAGUAAUGGGCUAUUCCUUCGAGACACUAUUCAUCAUGUUCUUCAAAGAGGCCAUUAAGGUAAUCUUCUUCAAACUUGUGGGCUAUGAAUGAGGUCUUUUAGUAUUGACUCAUUUUUGCUCUUCAUGGAACAUCAACUUUUGGGUGGCCGCCCAUUACCGCCACUUUGCAUUGGUCCAAGAUCUAAAUGAUAUGAUGAUUAAGAGGGACCAACUAAAGAAGA